AUGGCGCGACAAGAUGUGUCUACACGAUCCGUAUGGACUGAUCUAUGGCACGAUGAUCCCGUCCUAUACAUAGCACUGACAUGCACUUCGACCAUUAACAACGCCCUCAUGUCCCUGCUUGUGCUCGCUAUUCUCUCCACCCUCUACGAGACCUUCUGCAUCUGGCUCGGCCGCCGAGCCUGCCAGCCAUACAACUACCGCAUGAUCAACGGCGCGACUGAGCGUCCCAAGACGAGUGUCCUAGCUACCCUCGCUCGCUGCAACCGCACAUCUCCGCCUACGCUUGUCGUUGCAAAAGCAGCAUUCCACUCCCUUCUCUUCCUCUUGACACAGUACAUGAUAACCUCGCUCGUCAUCCAUGUCGCGCGGGCCAUGGUACCUAUGUGGGUGACACACCGCAAUGUGCGGCGGCGGUGCAGCCGGCUGCGUGAUCGAGGUCUGGAAUGCGCGGCUGCACAGAGAUAUCACACUCCUCUCCACAUGGCGGCUGCUGUCAUUCUUCUAUGCAUCAUUCGGGGCCUGGAACUACACAUCGACGUGCCUAGCGACGGACUUCAGCACAGCAAUCACAGUGCUGGCUUCUUGCGGCUGAGAGCAAAGUGCCGUGGUAUCCUGCAGACUGUGCUUGCUGCGCCGAUUACGUUAGUUUCUCUUUACACGGGAGUGUCAAGGGGUCAUAUAUGGGCACGCUUCAAGUUGCUGCUUGUCCAGGCACUUGUCUCGCUGGCUGUUUUCGUGGCGGGCAACGUUGUUUGUCUGGUUGCUGCGUUGCCGGACAUCCAAGGGACCAUGAUGGCACUGGAGGAAUCGGGCAUCACGGGUACAAAAGGAAUGUAA